AGCAUUAUUUAUUUACAUUCAAAAGAAAAAAAAUUUAUCGUGAAAAACUCAAUUUUCUCUUUAAAACAACAAUUUAAAACACAAAAUGACGACGAUAAAUGAUCCAAACUUGAACCUAAAAGUAAAAAAGACUGUUGAAAAAAUCUCGGAAAACAUGCACAUCAUCGCUAAUGAGCCUUCUCUCGCCUUCUACCGCAUCCAAGAACACGUUCGAAAGGUCCUACCUCUCGUUGUCGAUCGUCGCUCCGAGGUCGAAGUACUCCAACAAGAGCUUCAAGGCAAAUGUUACGACUUGGAAUAUGCCGUCACUGCCCUCAAAUCGAUCGAAGCAGCAGAGAAACCCGUGAAAAACAUUCAUGAACUCCUGAAAAAUGCAAUUUUCCUCAAACAACAGUUGAAAUACGAAGAAUCGAAGCGUCCUAAAAAGGAAUCGAGUCAAAAUUCGGUGUACAAAAGACUUUCCGCUCAUAUUACUUUGGACAUUCCGGAUUUGACGAAUGCUGUGAGAGAAACGACAAAUCGCGUGGAAAAUAUGAUGAUUCGAACGAACUCUGUGCAAAAUGGCACGAAUGCGACAGAGCUGCAACGAUCGCAUACGACGCUUCAUUAG